AUGCAGUGCGGUGAUGAAACUGACACAGAUUCUAACGCAUAUUUGGUAAUCGAAAUACAGUUCGUGAAAGUCUCGCAGGACGGUCAAAUCUCGCGCAUUGUAAGUGUCCCACUUCGAGUUACUCUCGACAUUUUGACGGCACCGAAACCUAAAAGCCAAAAGACGCGUAAUUCUUCUUUCGCCGAGUCGUCAUUGUUCACGAACAACCGCCCUCGGAUCAAUCUGAAAGAAGACAAUAAAUGCUGGCCGUGGCUCGCGUCGGGCAGCGAGUGCGGCGGUGGAGGGUCGGGCGGCGGCGCGCCCGCUCCACAGUCGGCGCGCGUCUCUUCGAACGGCGCCGGCGGGAUGGCGGUGAGCCGCGUGCCCAGCCCGUUGCAUGACGGGAAUACGCCUGUUGCAGAAAACUGGUGUUUUACACAGGUCAAAGUGGUUAAGUUCAGUUAUAUGUGGACAAUAAACAAUUUUAGUUUUUGUAGGGAAGAAAUGGGUGAAGUGUUAAAAUCAUCGACUUUCUCAGCAGGUGCUAGUGACAAGUUAAAAUGGUGUCUCCGCGUUAAUCCAAAAGGACUCGAUGAAGAGAGCAAAGACUAUUUAUCGUUAUACUUAUUAUUAGUGUCGUGUAAUAAAUCAGAAGUGCGUGCAAAGUUUAAGUUUUCAAUAUUAAACGCGAAACGGGAAGAAACAAAAGCGAUGGAGUCACAACGAGCGUAUAGAUUUGUUCAAGGCAAGGAUUGGGGAUUCAAAAAAUUUAUUAGAAGAGAUUUCCUGCUAGACGAAGCGAAUGGUUUACUACCAGAGGACAAACUAACGAUAUUCUGUGAGGUGUCAGUGGUUGCGGACAGUAUCAACAUUAGUGGUCAAAGCAAUGUGGUUCAAUUCAAAGUGCCCGAGUGCCGGUUGUCAGACGACCUGGGUGCCCUUUUUGACAAUGAAAGGUUUUCUGAUGUCACGUUAGCGGUCGGCGGAAGGGAAUUUCAAGCACACAAAGCCAUUUUAGCAGCGCGGAGUCCUGUAUUCGCAGCAAUGUUCGAACACGAAAUGGAAGAAAGAAAAAGAAAUCGAGUGGACAUCACAGACGUAGACCACGAGGUCUUAAGAGAAAUGUUACGCUUUAUCUACACGGGCAGAGCACCUAAUCUAGACAAAAUGGCUGAUGACUUAUUAGCAGCAGCUGACAAGUAUGCGUUAGAGCGGUUAAAAGUAAUGUGUGAAGAGGCGUUAUGUCUAAGCUUAUCGGUGGAAACUGCAGCGGACACACUCAUAUUGGCAGAUCUACAUUCGGCGGAUCAACUGAAGGCGCAGACAAUAGACUUCAUUAACACGAGCCAUGCGACAGACGUGAUGGACACGGCGGGGUGGAAGAACAUGAUCUCGUCGCAUCCGCACCUCAUCGCAGAGGCGUUCCGCGCGUUGGCCACGCAGCAGCAGCAGAUCCCGCCCAUCGGGCCGCCGCGCAAGCGCGUCAAACAGGCCUAG